UCCCAGUUGUUGUGAAUGCGGCAUUAUACCUCAGCGUAUUCGACUGCAUAAGGAGAAAAUGCGAUCAAACUCCGGAAACGGAAAUGUUAGCAAAAUGAAUUCUAGAUUUUUUUUAACAGCUAAACAUUUUAUAUUUGUGACCCGGCCGUUGAAGAAUAUAUAGGUUGUUUUGCUGACUGAUACCUGUAACAGUAAGUGGGAAAUGUUUGAAUACAGCUGCUUGUCGUUUUGUUACGACAGUGGAUUGUGUUGAUUUCAAUUACUGUAGGUGGCACUGGGCGAAAAAUCAGCAAUUAAAAUAUCGAUGAUCUGUUCUCAAUCGUGUAAAAAUGUUCUGUAAAACAGGUGAGUUAACUAAAGUGAGAGAAAUUACGUUAAACGUUCAAUCGCUAAUAAUGUAGGCGAAGGGAAUGUCAAUGAAAACAUCAUCAUGCACUGACAUUUGGGUUGCUUAUUCCAGUAUGCAUGAUUAUUGCACGAUGCAAUGCCAUUGCGUGUCCUUUUGUUGGACGAUUGAUUGCCUUUGUGCAUAUCUAAUAUCUGGCAUUGUAAAUCUGACAGACAGUCCGCAACAGUUAUACAUUUGUCCACCCUACCCCGUUUAUUGCAAAUUGAUUACACAUGCUUUGUCUGACUGCAGCCGGUUUCUUCUUCCUAUUCCCCACCUUGAUUUUUAAUUAUCAACAUUUCUACUGGGUAAUUGGAACUAUUAUUGGACCAAUUUCACUGUGACUGUAAUUCCAUCUAUUAGAAACGGGUCUUAUUUCUAGUAUGGAAUAUUAACUAAGAAAAAGUACAAUAGGCUAGCCUAUUGUAGCCAGUGAUUCUAGCUGACUAAACUCAACUGCAUGGUGAAGGAGGAAGUCGUUCUAGACCAGUACCCGACGGUCAAGGUCCAGUUGUGGAUUCAUCACGUGCAGCUGUGGAAACAGUAGCGCGCUGACAGUUACUCUCUUGUGAUCUAUGUGAACAUAACUGGUACCAUAGAACCGUAUUCGAGCAGCUGGCCAAUUACGCAAGCCUUUAGUUCUGGUUAAUAAAGAUUAGCUGACAGUCAGAAGUUCUAUGAACCAGAGGCAGGAGGAUCAGGCCAGGGUGAGUGCUGGGCAGGAUAUUUGGUUCCUUAAAUUGUCUCCUUUUCUUUACCACAAGCAGUUGAAGGUACUGGAUAGGUUUUCAAUGUGAUCAUGGAGAGGACACAAGAAGAGCUACUUAACACUAUUGAGAUCCACAAUGUGAAUAUCCCAACGGCUGUGGCAUCUGUCUUCUGCCCUGUCUUUCAGGUACACAUGGCAGUGGCAGGUAAAAAUGACUUUGCAGUUCUCAACACCGGGCGGAAAAUGCCUCUCCUCGGGCUAGGAACAUGGAAGAGCGAACCUGGCAAGGUAGGUGCCUCACACGUGAUUGAUUAACCAUUAAUCUUUUGGAUGAAUUAUUUAUCCCAACUAAUUUAGUGUAGUAUCAUUAUGGGCUUGCUGAUGGGGUCUUUAACAAUGAUUGUCUUCUUGGGUUGUGCUGUAUUCCAGGUGAAACAGGCAGUGGUGUGGGCCUUGCAGGCUGGCUACCGUCACAUCGACUGUGCUGCCAUCUAUGGCAACGAGGUGGAGAUCGGAGAGGCUCUACAGGAGACGCUUGGCCCUGACAAAGUAAGCCAACACCAAGAAACAUGAUAGCUCUGGUCCAGGGCGUUACAUGCGGCUUGAGUCGUCUUCUUCUUCUUCUUCUUCAAUGGUUGUUGAAGAAGGCUCAAGCAAACACUUAACGCCCUGGCCCAGAGUUAGGAGAAUGGUAUCUAAGGCUUAUCAAUGUAGAUACCAUAGACAUCAUCGGCAGAUACUGAGAAGGACAGAGAUGUGCUAGUCCACGGCGGCCGCUGAUUGGCUGAAUACCCGGGGCGCGAGGUGGUUGGAGUUGUCAACAAAGCAGCAUGACAGAAAUAUGAUGCCAAGUUUUUGAACUACCGGUAGUUUCUUUGAGAAUAUAUAUAUAUAUAUAUAUAUAUAAAAAACGAUGUGUGCAUUUGAACAACAGGAUAAAUACACCUAUUUUACAUUUGCAUGUCAAAAACUGAAUGACCACUGCAGCACAUGCUGCCACUGUUUUCAACAGAUUAGAUUAUACUAUUUAGAACGAGCAGUAUUCAGACCCCGGAAAGUAUUCAGACCCCUUGACUUUUUCCACAUUUUGUUACGUUACAGCCUUAUGGGCUCCCGAGUGGCGCAGUGGUCUAAGGCACUGCAUCUCAGUGCUUGAGGCGUCACUACAGACCCCCUGGUUCGAUUCCAGGCUGUAUCACAACCGGCCGUGAUUGGGAGUCCCAUAGGGCGGCGCACAAUUGGCCCAGCGUCGUCCGGGUUUGACCGGUGUAGGCCGUCAUUGUAAAUAAGAAUUUGUUCUUAACUGACUUGCCUAGUUAAAUAAAGGUAACACAAUACCCCAUAAUGACAAAGCAAACACAGGUUUUUAGAAAUGUUUGCACAUUUAUUAAAAGUAAAAAACUGAAAUCACAUUUACAUAUGUAUUCAGACCCUUUACUCAGUAACUUUGUUGAAGCACCUUUCGCAGUGAUUACAGCCUCGAGUCUUCUUGGGCAUGACGCUACAAGCUUGGCACACCUGUAUUUGGGGAGUUUCUCCCAUUCUUCUCUGCAGAUCCUCUCAAGCUCUGUCAGGUUGGAUGAGGAGCGUCGCUGCACAGCUAUUGUCAGGUCUCUCCAGAGAUUUUCGAUCAGGUUCAAGUCCGGGCUCUGGCUGGGCCACACAAGGACAUUCAGAGACUUGUACCGAAGCCACUCCUGCGUUUGUCUUGGUUGUGUGCUUACGGUCAUUGUCCAGUUGGAAGGUGAACUUUCGACCCCAGUCUGAGGUCCUGAGCGCUCUGGAGCAGGUUUUCAUCAAGGAUCUCUCUGUACUUUGCUCCGUUCAUCUUUCCCUCGAUCAUGACUAGUCUCCCAGUCCCUGCCGCUGAAAAACAUCCCCACAGCAUGAUGCUGCCACCACCAUGCUUCAGGGAUGGUGCCAGGUUUCCUCCAGAUGUGACAGUUGGCAUUCUGGCCAGUGUUCAAUCUUGGUUUCAUCAGACCAGAGAAUCUUGUUUCUCAUGGUCUGAGAAUCUUUCGAUUCCUUUUUGGCAAACUCCAAGCGGGCUGUCAUGUGCAUUUUACUGAGGAGUGGCUUCCGUCUGGCCACUCUACCAUAAAGGCCUGAUUGGUGGAGUGCUGCAGAGAUUGUUGUCCUUCUGGAAGGUUCUCCCAUCUCCACAGAGGAACUCUGGGACUCUGUCAGAAGGACCAUCAGGUUUUUGGUCACCUCCCUUAACCAAGGCCCUUCUCCCCCGAUUGCUCAGUUUGGCCAGGCGGCCAGCUCCAGGAAGAGUCUUGGUGGUUCCAAACUUCUUCCAUUUUAAGAAUGAUGGAGGCCACUGUGUUCUUGGGGACCUUCAAUGCUGCAGACAUUUUUUGGUACCCUUCCCCAGAUCUGUGCCUCGACACAAUCCUGUCUCUGAGGUCUACGGACAAUUCGUUCGACCUCGUGGCUUGGUUUUUGGUCUGACAUACACUGUCAACUGUGGGACCUUAUACAGACAGGUGUGUGCCUUUCCAAAUCAUGUCCAAUCAAUUGAAUUUACCACAGGUGGACUCUAAUCAAGUUGUAGAAACAUCUGAAGGAUGGUCAAUGGAAACAGGAUGCACCUGAGCUCAAUUUCGAGUCUCAUAGCAAAGGGUCUGAUUACUUAUGUAAAUAAAGUAUUUCUGUUUUGAAUUUUUAAUACAUUUGCAAAAAUGUCUGAACUGUUUUUGCUUUAUCAUUAUGGGGUUUUGUGUGUACAUUGCUGAGAUAUAAAAAAAAAAAAUCCAUUUUAGAAUAAGAAUGUAAUGUAACUAAAUGUGGAAAAGGUCAAGGGGUCUGAAUAAUUCCCGAAGGCACUGUGUAUGUGUGUGUGUGUGUGUAUAUAUCAGUACCAGUCAAAAGUUUGGACACACUUACUCAUUCAAGGGUUUUUCUUUAUUUUUACUAUUUUCUACAUUGUAGAAUAAUAGUGAAGACAUCCAAAACUAUGAAAUGACACAUGGAAUCAUGUAGUAACCAACAAAGUGUUAAACAAAUCGAAAUAUAUUUUAUAUUUGAGAUUCUUCAAAUAGCCACCCUUUGACUUUGACAGCUUUGCAUUCUCUCAACCAGCUUCACCUGGAAUGCUUUUCCAACAGUCUUGAAGGAGUUCCCACAUAUGCUGAGCACUUGUUGGCUGCUUUUCCUUCACUCUGCCGUCCGACUCAUUCCAAUCCAUCUCAAUUGGGUUGAGGUCGGGGGAUUGUGGAGGCCAGAUCAUCUGAUGCAGCACUCCAUCGCUCUCCUUCUUGGUAAAAUAGCCCUUACACAGCCUGGAGGUGUGUUGGGUCAUUGUCCUGUUGAAAACAAAUGAUAGUGGGACUAAGCCCAAACCAGAUGGGAUGGCAUAUCACUGCAGAAUGCUGUGGUAGCCAUGCUGGUUAAGUGUGCCUUGAAUUCUAAAUAAAUCAUAGACAGUGUCACCAGCAAAGCACCCCCACACCAUAACACCACCUCAGUGGUGCUUUACGGUGGGAACUACACAUGCAGAGAUCAUCCGUUCACCCACACCGCGUCUCACAAAGACACGGUGGUUGCAACCAAAAAUCUCCAAAUUUGGACUCCAGACCAAAGGACAAAUUUCCACUGGUCUAAUGUCUAUUGCUUGUGUUUCUUGGCCCAAGCAGGUCUCUUCUUCUUAUUGGUGUCCUUUAGUAGGGGUUUCUUUGCAGCAAUUCGACCAUGAAGGCCUGAUUCACACAGUCUCCUCUGAACAGUUGAUGUUGAGAUGUGUCUGUUACUUGAACUCUGCAAAAUAUUUAUUUGGGCUGCAAUUUCUGAGGCUGGUAACUCUGAACUUAUCCUAACUCUGGGUCUUCCAUUCCUGUGGCAGGCCUCAUGAGAGCCAGUUUCAUCAUAGCGCUUGAUGGUUUUUGCGACUGCACUUGAAGAAACGUUCAAAGUUCUUGAAAUGUUCCGUAUUGACUGACCUGCAUGUCUUAAAGUAAUGAUGGAUUGUCGUUUCUCCUUGCUUAUUUGAGCUGUUCUUGACAUAAUAUGGACUUGGUCUUUUACCAAAUAGGGAUAUCUUCUGUAUACCACCCCUACCUUGUCACAACACAACUGAUUGGCUGAAACGCAUUAAGAAGGAAAGAAAUUCCACAAAUUAACUUUUAAGAAGGCACACCUGUUAACUGAAAUGCAUUCCAGGUGACUACCUCAUGAAGCUGGUUGAGAGAAUUCCAAGAGUGUGCAAAGCUGUCAUCAAGGCAAAGGGUGGCUAUUUGAAAUAAAAUGUAUUUAGAUUUGUUUAACACUUUUUUGGUUACUACAUGAUUUCAUGUGUUAUUUCAUACUUUUGAUGUCUUCACUAUUAUUCUACAAUGUAAAAAUAAAGAAAAACCCUUGAAUGAGUAGGUGUGUCCAAACUUUUGACUGGUAGUGUAUAUAUAGAUAGAUAGAUACAGUUGAGAUCGGAAGUUUACAUACACUUAGGUUGGAGUCAUUAAAACAAAUUUUUCAGCCACUCCACAAAUUUCUUGUUAACAAACUAUAGUUUUGGCAAGUCUGUUAGGACAUCUACUUUGUGCAUGACAAAAGUAAUUUUUCCAACAAAUGUUUACACAGUCUAUCACAAUUCCAGUGGGUCAGAAGUUUACAUACACUAAGUUGACUGUGCCUUUUAAACAGCUUGGAAAAUUCCAGAAAAUGAUGUCAUGGCUUUAGAAGCUUCUGAUAGGCUAAUUGACAUCAUUUGAGUCAAUUGGAGGUGUACCUGUGGAUGUAUUUCAAGGCCUACCUUCAAACUCAGUGCCUCUUUGCUUGACAUCAUGGGAAAAAAAUCAAAAGAAAUCAACAAAAAAAGUUUUUUGUAGACCUCCACAAGUCUGGUUCAUCCUUGGGAGCAAUUUCCAAACGCCUGAAGGUACCACGUUCGUCUGUACAAACAAUAGUACACAAGUAUAAACACCAUGGGACCACGCAGCCGUCAUACCGCUCAGGAAGGAGACGCAUUCUGUCUCCUAGAGAUGAACAUACUUUGGUGCAAAAAGUGCAAAUCAAUCCCAGAACAACAGCAAAGGACCUUGUGAAGAUGCUGGAGGAAACCGGUACAAAAGUAUCUAUAUCCACAGUAAAACGAGUCCUAUAUCGACAUAACCUGAAAGGCCGCUCAGCAAGGAAGAAGCCACUGCUCCAAAACCGCCAUAAAAAAGCCAGACUAUGGUUUGCAACUGCACAUAGGGACAAAGAUCGUACUUUUUGGAGAAAUGUCCUCUUGUCUGAUGAAACCAAAAUAGAACUGUUUGGCCAUAAUGACUAUCGUUAUGUUUGGAGGAAAAAGGGGGUUGCUUGCAAGCAGAAGAACACCAUCCCAACCGUGAAGCACGGGGGUGGCAGCAUCAUGCUGUCGGGGUGCUUUGCUGCAGGAGGGACUGGUGCACUUCACAAAAUAGAUGUCAUCAUGAGGAAGGAAAAUUAUGUGGAUAUAUUGAAGCAACAUCUCAAGACAUCAGUCAGGAAGUUAAAGCUUGGUCGCAAAUGGGUCUUCCAAAUGGACAAUGACCCCAAGCAUACUUCCAAAGUUGUGGCAAAAUGGCUUAAGGACAACAAAGUCAAGGUAUUUGAGUGGCCAUCACAAAGCCCUGACCUCAAUCCUAUAGAAAAUGUGUGGGCAGAACUGAAAAGGCGUGUGCCAGCAAGGAGGCCUACAAACCUGACUCAGUUACACCAGCUCUGUCAGGAGGAAUGGGCCAAAAUUCACCCAACUUAUUGUGGGAAGCUUGUGGAAGGCUACCCGAACCGUUUGACCCAAGUUAAACAAUUUAAAGGCAAUGCUACCAAAUAAUAAUUGAGUGUAUGUAAACUUCUGACCCACUGGGAAUGUGAUGAAAUAAAUAAAUAAAAGCUGAAAUGAAUCAUUCUCUCUACUAAUAUUCUGAUAUUUCACAUUCUUAAAAUAAAGUGGUGAUCCUAACUGACCUAAGACAGGGAAUUCUUACUAGGAUUAAAUGUCAGGAAUUGUGAAAAACUGAGUUUAAAUGUAUUUGGCUAAGGUGUAUGUAAACUUCCGACUUCAACUGUAUGUGUAUGUAUAUAUAUAUUUGACUUGUGUCAGACAUGUUAUCCAUUGUGCCACUAGCUCGCUGAUGGGGUCAAGUAAAGGUGUGUGUGUGUGUGUUUCUUUGUUUACACCUGUCUCUGUAUACAGGCCCUGAGGCGAGAGGAUGUGUUUAUCACCUCUAAGCUGUGGAACACACAGCAUCACCCAGAGGAUGUGGAGCCCGCUCUGCUGAAGACACUGAAGGAGCUGAGGCUGGAGUACCUGGAUCUCUACCUCAUCCACUGGCCCUAUGCCUUCCAGUGAGUAGCUUCCAUCAUGGGUUCUGGAGAGGCAUAAUAACUAGCCUUAGUGAACAUGAUACAGCAAAUAAAUGUAUAGAAUUGCCAGACACUAGCAGAAUUUCCUUUUAAAUUAAUUUCAAUUUGGGUAUUAAACUUGCUAUAAGAAUGUUUACAAUGAUCAAUUCACAUUAGUGUAACUGUAUGGGCAUCCUAUACUGUUCAAUGUUAACAUUUUGCCCGUUCUUCCCCUUUCCCACAGACAAGGUGACGCUCCUUUCCCCAAGUCAGAGGACGGCACCCUGCUGUAUGACGACAUCGACUACAAGCUGACUUGGGCUGCCAUGGAGAAGCUGGUGGGGAAGGGCAUGAUCAGGGCUAUCGGCCUGUCCAACUUCAACAGCAAACAGAUAGACGACGUGCUGUCUGUAGCCAACAUCAAACCCACUGUGCUUCAGGUAAGGAGGAGAUCUGUUGUGCUGACUGUGCGUACAUUAUACCUAGCUACCAGGAUUUCCGUUAUGAAAAUGUGGCGCCGGUCGUUUGACCAGCUGCAUUUUAAUUUACCGGACAGUUGAGAUAUGUACCAGACCCAUAUACAUUGGGUGUGUAACCUGAUUAGGGUGUCCACCCACGGUGCACAGAAUGACAGAAAUUUCAUUUAUAUUAUGGUAAUUCAUCUUAACAGAAAAUGCAAGUCGAGGAUGCAAUGAGGUGUGUCCUUACUGCACAUUUUGAAGAUAGUAUAACUGUCCAUAUUUACUUUUCCUCAGCCAACAAGAUGAGUAACGAACAGCAAAAUCACUAUCCUAUGCUUAGGCGGAGCGCGACUUUCAAGUUUGGGGAAGCAAAUGUUCACCAUAAAAAUGCACCUUUUGCAGACUUAUGUAAGAUCGCCUACUAUUCGUGAUGUGUAGAUUGGAUAAUCAUAAUUUAGGCUAAUAAUAUAACUCAAUCACUUGCAAAAAGACCGUUCAAUUCAUGGCUGAGCGCGUAUAGUGUAGAGGCCUGAGCUAUAUCAUACUUUUCUUCUUUGUUUGCAUGGAAAAAACACAUUUCAUGCAAUUUUACUACACUUUAUAUGACUGGAGACAGAAUCUUUUUUAAUACGACAAAUUACAGGGUAGCCUACUCCGCCGACACUGACAAACAAUCAAUAAAAACGACGUCCAUAUAGGCCUACGAGAAGGGGAGACAGAAAUAGAAUAUGACGUCCAUCAAAACUGAAGGAGGAUAUGAUUGUCCAAAAAACAAACUUUUAAGUGGCACUGACCCAACAUGAUAAAGAGUGAGUAUGCGCAGUGCACACUCACCGGGGAUUUGGCCGAUGCUCUCCGCUAGUGUCAUUAAGAUAGGUUAUAGGCCUACUGUUGUUCGCUCAAUUAAGUUGAGAAUUUUGAUAACUAAAAGACAGAAGUAUUUUCAUUGUCUUCUUUUUGCAGCAAUAGCCAUUUCCUUUCCAAACUGUCUGGCUCCCGGACAAUGAAAGAAAAAUGGAAAACAAAAGAACAUGAGAGAAAUAGGCUACUGGUUUCAAUUGCAUAUGGAAGUCUAUAUAGAAUAAUUGCCUCCACAGAUAUGGUACGAUUUUGCCUAGGCUACAUUGAAGCAAGGUAAAACAUGCCUCAUAACAUUUUGUAAAACAUUCAGGUUUCCAACUAUUUAAGUAGCUAUAUGUUUUCAAAAUGCAUACUGCCACCAGCUCAUUGCAAAGUGGUGUGAUGCGCUGAUGAAGCCUGCCUUCUGUUGCCAAUGCAUUUGAAUGGUGAAUGGGAAGAAUGCUUCAAUUACCGGUUGAGAAAUACAAAUAUUAGCUCUUUUUAAUCGUGGCCCAAAAACUAUUUUGUACACAUGAUUGCAUUUAGAAUGGUUGCGCAAUGAUUGGGCUGACAGAUGUUCUGCUUAAAGGCUCUGUAUCUGUAUGCUGUGCGUGUGAUAAAUAAGAUACAUAACGAAUAAACACGAGACAAUUUAAUUCCACAAAAUUAUGCAAAUUAACCCAUAGACCGAUAAGCAUGACCGGUCAAAUGUAUUUCCAUCAACUGGUAUUCCCAUCAAUGAAUAUGCUAAAAAGCAUUAUUUUAUUGAUUAUUUAUUUAUUUUUUAUUUAUCGGCUUUUCUAUUUUUUUAAAGGCCAAAAGCCGGCUAUUAUCAGCUAAUGGAAACCCUCCAAGCUGAAGAUCAAUUGAGAAACUAUUUAAAAGGUUUACAAGCUAGCUAGGAGUCGAACCUAGAAUGUUCUGAUCCGUAGUCAGGUGCGUUAUCCAUUGCGCCACUUGCCCACUGAAAGGGGUGGUGUUUGUUUUUGGUCUCUUUGUCACUACCACAACCAGUCUUCUCACAGUCCAUCUCUCCUCCAAUAUCCUUUGUAUACAACCCUCCCGUCUCUUCCUGUCCCUGUCAGAAAUACAGCAAGUGUUUGUUUGUUGACGGUUAAAUAUUAGAACAUAUUUACAUUUACAUUUUAGUCAUUUAGCAGACGCUCUUAUCCAGAGCGACUUACUGUUAGUGAGUGCAUACAUUAUUUUUUUAUUUUUCAUACUGGCCCCCCGUAGGAAUCGAACCCACAACCCUGGCGUUGCAAACGCCAUGCUCUACCAACUGAGCUACAUCCCUGCCGGCCAUUCCCUCCCCUACCCUGGACCAAUUGUGCGCCGCCCCAUGGGUCUCCCGGUCCCGGCCGGCUACGACAGAGCCUGGAUUCGAACCAGGAUCUCUAGUGGCACAGCUAGCACUGCGAUGCAGUGCCUUAGACCACUGCGCCACUCUGUUUUUGUUUAGUUUGGUUUGAGUUUUGCUAGCUGGGGGGGGGGGGGGGGGGGUCUUGAUAUGUGGCAUGUGCUGUGUGUACAUUAUUCCUCCUUACCUAAAGAUCAGUUGGUAAAAUAUUGAAAAAGUUUAAUCGCUAGCCAGGAGUCAAACCUAGAAUCUUCUGAUCCGUAGUCAUCCAUUGCUAGCCCGCUGACAGUUGUGGUUUCUGUUUCUGUUUUUCAGGUGGAAAGUCAUCCGUAUCUGGCUCAGGUGGAGUUGCUGCGACACUGCCGGGACAGGGGCCUGGUGAUGACAGCGUACAGUCCACUGGGGUCACCGGAUCGGGCAUGGAAGCAUCCUGACGAGCCCGUCCUCCUGGACGAACCAGCCAUCAACACCCUGGCCAGGAAGUACAACAAGUCCCCAGCACAAAUCAUCAUUAGGUGAGUAAUGUUAUAUAAUGUUCUAGCCUAGUACUCUUUACUCAAUGAUAACCCAGCAUCCCCAUGUCAUAUCAAAUGCCAGAAAUAAAGACCCCAGUAAUACAUUGAUUAUCUAUGGAAUAUAAACUGAUAUUAUGCCAUGAGCCUAUCAGCAGGAUAGUGAUGCCCUGUGUUCCACAACUUAAGAGGUGAUCAACACAUCCUCUCGCGUCUGUACAGUGAAAUGGGUGUAAAAUAAAUACACAAACAAAAACACACACCUUGCCUUGAGCCAAUCAGCGGGCUAGUGGCACAAUGGUUAACAAUGCGUCUGACUACAGAUCAGAAGAUUCUAGACUUUUUUCAAUAAUAUCCCAAUUUCUCUUUAGGUAGGCAGGAUAAAUAUACCAGUAUGAUAUAUCAAGACCUCCCGAUUUUAGCACAAUAAUUCAUAAAAUAAAUUCAUAAAACACUCAUAUGGUCUAGUAAUCAGAUCUUGCUUUUCAUGUAACCUAUUUGGUCUCUCAAACCAAACCAUGUACAUCUUGUCUCUUUUCUAGAUGGCAGACGCAGCGAGGAGUGGUGACGAUCCCCAAAAGUGUGACAGAGUCUCGGAUCAAAGAGAAUAUCCAGGUGGAUUAUUGUGUUAUAGUAUUCUGUUUGAUGACGAUCUAUAAUUGUAAAUUGCUGCACAAUUAAGUCUACUACUGCAAGAAACCAAAACUCUUACUACUACUAUUCCUACCCAUCAUAACUGUUUUCAUAAGUCCCAUUGUGCAAUCCUGUAAUAUGAUUUAUUUGACUACCGAGUGGACUCGUAAUCUAAAAUGUGUGUGUAUCCUCAGGUGUUUGAUUUUACCCUUGAAGCAGAAGAGAUGAAGUGUAUAACGGAAUUGAACAAAGGCUGGCGCUACAUUGUACCAACCAUCACAGUGAGUGGUUUUAGAGCUCCCUCUACUGGUAUAUUUGUGUACAAUGAAUGUGAGACCAGAGAAUGUCAUUGGAAUUCUAUGGGUUAUGUGAUGGCCAGCUCACAAUGGUUAAAUGUUUCAUAGAGAGCUAAUACUAUAUCUGUUGUAUGUAAUCAGUUGAAGAAAGUAACCAAAAUGCAGUGUCUCUGUUGAUAUUUCACUAUAGCAGUUGUCAUUGGGCUAGUGGCACAAGGGAUUACGCAUCUGACUACGGAUCAGAAGAUUCUAUGUCAGACUCCUGGCUAGCUCGUGACUGUUUUCCAAUUGUUGUUGCAGGUUGAUGGGAUGCCCGUCCCCAGGGAUGCCGGACAUCCACACUACCCCUUCAUUGACCCCUACUGAGUAAAUCCCCAAAUUGCUGCCCGCUUUUGUGCCUUGGGAACCCCCUCCCCUUCCAAGGCUGUGUCCCAAUUCGAUGAAAUGGCUUCCUUUCGUCACAAUCCUGUGUGGACAACUGAUUUGUCUUUUUUUAGGGGAAAGAAGGUUGGUAGAAAAAGUCCAGCUCCUGUCAGAUCAGUUGUCAUGGGGGUGUGGUGACAGGGAAAGAGUGCUUUAUGAGAGUACUAGGACAUAGCAUCUGUGUACUUCGUAAUAAAAAUGUUUUGUUACUGCC